AUCAUCUGUGCUGCCCAGUCGCGCUCCCGCCGUCGCCAUGCCCAUCGACGGACACGCAUAUCUCGUCAAGCAAGGAUGGGGCGGCAAGGGCACUGGCUUGCGUCAAGGCGCCAUCUCGCGCCCAGUGACGAUUGCCCAGAAGAAGACACUCGCGGGCGUAGGCAAGGAUCGCGACGAGGCGUUCCCGUUCUGGGAUCAUGUCUUUGAAGCGGCCGCGAUGAGCAUCCAAGUCAAGAUCCAGCCCGACGACGACGAUUCCGAUAGCGAGGCCACACCUACGUCUACUGUCGAGCUACAGCGAACUAAAACUGGUAUCAUUUCAAACCGCAGGCCGAAGACGGGCGCGCCCGCAUUAUCCGGAACCACUACACCAGACUCGCAGGCGAGCGGCAGCGGCAGCGUCACACCACGACUCAGCCUAAUGGCUACAGCGAAACAAGAAGCCGCCAAACGCAUGCUCUACGCGAGCUUCUUCCGGGGACCUGUACUUGGUCCAAACGAGCCUCUCGAGACCGCUCAGCUAGAGGGCGAGGUUACAUCGACCAGCCAGCCUACACGAGUUAGCGAACCAAUCCCCGCUUCGGUGAAAAAGAGCAAGAAGGGGAAGGAGCGCGCCAUCGAACCAUUGUCCGAAGACGGGGAGUCCGCUCAGCCGAAGCCGAAGAAACAGAAGAAACGGUCUGCAUCUUCGGAUGCCGACGAAGAUCCUACAAAGAAGGAAACGAAACGUCGGAAACGAGAAGCAAGAGAGCAGGCGGCAGGCGAGGCAGGAAGGGUAGAAGGAAUGGGAAGAAGCAACGGAAGCGGGAGGAAAAUGCAGCAGCUACGGAGGGAGAAAGGGACGAUGAUAGGAAACGCGAGAAAGAGGAGCGGAAAAGCAGAAAGCAGAGAAGCGGGCUGCGAAGGAGGAGCACCGCCAACGCAAGCUGCAGCUGAAGGAUGCCGCAGCAUCGGAGGCGGCAGAUGGCGAUGGUGCAGUGGAGGAUCACAAGGAGGGUGA